UGAGUAAUGAAGGCAAAUCGUCUCGCUCCAGAAAUAGCUGAAAAGGCAUGGGUCGGGUUGGCUUGCGGCAAGUCGUCGGUCUCUCUUAUUGAUGGGAGCAUCCCUCUGCACUGAAUCACUGCGAACAUAUUCAAUAUUCACUGGUCCUCGGCUCGCCGAACCGGCUACACAUCAAACCAUAGCGCACCGCGCGCGUUUCAGUGUCAAACGUACUCUCUUGUCAAGCUGGAACCGCGGAAGUCUUCAAAGUCGGCACCCGCUGCCAGAGAAGACCAAUCAAAGCUCUAGGUUGUCUAUUUGGUGCGAAAGUGCACGCGCCGUCAUGGAGGUCAGGGGUUAGAAAAUCACGUGACUGCUGGGGUACGGAAGUGUUUGAAUGGUGGUGGAACGAAGAUUUGCAAACUUUCGAUGUUAUGUGCAGACUGGGUGUCUGGUCCUGGGUUAAUUACAAUCAUUGAUCGCUCGUGCACUAGAAAUGGCUUUGAUUGACGAGUAAUUUCCGUGGUUCGUUGCCGAGGAUUAGUUCUAGCGGCAGUGAGUGGAAAGGUAGCUAUCGGCAGCCCUCGUGGAGAGUGAGAAGUUUUUAUCGUGAUCAAAGUGAGUAAGUGUUGGACUUCCCCCGCCUGCUACUGUAGUAGAAGAUCUGCUACACAUGCCGUGAAACACGGCGCUCCCUGCACGUGAGGGACUAGCAGCUCGUGGCGCGGGGAGAUUCCGUCUGUCUGGUCGCAGGAUAACAUGCCGACUUGAGAGGGUAGCCGCGAGAAGUUGUGGCAAUUCAAAUUUCGCUAUCACGGUUUCAAGUUUCGCACGGAAAAGAAGAUUUGCUUCCAACUUCUGUGAGAAUGUGUGAUGGUUCCUUGUGUGACGUGUCUGUUUGGUCCUAGCACCAGCUCGAGACACGAGCCGCAGGGGCAGAGGGGGUCUUUUGACAGUUCGUUCUUUGACAGUAAACUGUGUUUACAAUACAAUGCCAUCGAAGAAACAAUACGAUUUAGUCUCCGAUGACGGCUACGACAGUCGGAUCCCCCUUCACAACGACGAUGCUUUUGAGCACGGGAUACCUUUCUCCGCCAAGUAUAUCGGCACAUUGGAUGUACCGAGACCAAGCAGCCGUGUGGAGAUUGUGGCGGCCAUGAGAAGAAUCCGGUAUGAAUUCAAAGCCAAAGCGAUCAAAAAGAAGAAAGUGGUGAUCACUGUCUCAACAGAUGGAGUCAAAGUGCUCAUGAGAAAAAAGAAAAAAAAAGCACAGUGGUCUUUUGACGAUAGCCGUCUUAUGGUCAUGCAUCACCCGAUAUACAGGAUCUUCUAUGUAUCCCAUGAUUCCCAGGACUUGAAGAUCUGGAGCUACAUUGCCCGUGACGGACCCAGCAACGUCUUUAAGUGCAACGUCUUCAAAGCCUACAAGAAGAGUCAAGCAAUGCGCAUUGUGCGUACGAUUGGCCAGGCGUUUGAGGUCUGUCACAAGCUCACCAUUCAGACCAGCCCCAACACAGAAAUAGAGGAAACCAACAGUGAUCGGUCAUCGGAGGACAACGAAAGAAGAAUCACGCUCAAAAACAAGGAUGCACUUGAGGAGAAGGAGUUGAACAAGGACUGCUAUGAUGAGCCUGUGAAGGAAGGCAAGGUAUCCCCACCCACAGAACUGGCGCUCAAACAAGCUCAGCUUCUCCAGUCCAGGGGAGGCAACUCUCCAACGGUUGGGGGUACAACCAUCACAUCCCCGUUCGGGUCUCCAGUGAUGCUAGGGGAGUACGGCCCUGAGUCCCAGCUCCCACUCAGUUCUCACCACCAGAUGCAGUUGAUACGGCAACAGUUGGAACAGCAGCAGCACCAGACGCAGGUUGCUAUAGCGCAGGUGCAUCUACUCAAGGACCAGUUGUCGACGGAGACGGCCGCCAGGAUCGAGGCACAGGCUCGAGCUCACCAGCUGCUGAUGCACAACCGGGACCUCCUUGAUCAUGUGACCCAGCUGGUGUCCCGCAUACAGGACCUUGAGAUCAAGGUCAGUGGUGCAACAUCGUCGGAGGUGCUGUUCCAGACGCCGCAACAGGUGCCGAUGUUGCCGGACCCAACAACGCCACGCCCUGGGCCAGUGUACAUCCCCGAGUUCCGUGAGGUCGACAAUUCCUACAUCAGCAAUGUGUCCGAAAACGCAUUGUUUGAGAACACAAAGGCAGGUCUAGACACAGAUUCGCCAGACAGUGGACAUCGCGAGAUGUCGUCUGAGAGUUUGUCUUACAACCUGACCCACACAGAGUCCAACGGCUGGUGCGUGCCCUACGGAAGUGCCGUGCCACCCACCACACUCGCUAACAACAUCAAUGGCAAUCCUUUCAGGAACUCCUUCGCAAACAAUUCUGAUGACGGAAGGAAGGAGAUAAAUGAGGACAAGGUGAAGAUUAUCACGCCCUGUCCUCCGCAGGAUGCCAGUGGGAACAGACUGGAUCUUAGGGGUGGAACAACACAUACUCCAAAAAUUGAUCCACCACCCAAAUUUCGAGACCUACGCGAACCGCACAUGGUUCAUCCAGUUCGGGGGAUCGUGAUUCUAAUGCCAAUAUUCCGUCGGACAGUGACUAUUAUUCAACUUAUGCCAGUAGCAACACCAGCACAGUCAAGAGUAGUCAUGGCAACCGCUUUGACAACUUCAACGACAACCGUGACGUGCAUACAGUCGGGUCGCCACGCCAGAAGCUUGACCUGAAGGUCAACAACCUGAGCAGCAGUCCACAGCGCCCCCUAGGUAUGACAGGUCAGAACCGGUGGAGGAUGAGGAUCAGUUAUACCUCCGAUGACGCCAGUGAUAACUCGGAGGAAUCGAACACUCCAUCACAGACCGGCCCACGCCGACUGGACACCAUGACUCUGGACGAGUUUGAAGCCUUGAGUAGUUAACCCAGUAGAGUCAAGUUUGGACGUCAGUUGUGCUUUUGUUGACCCCCACAUGGCCGUGCUGAUCCUGGCACCUCCACAUGGCCGUGCUGAUCCUGGCACCUCCACAUGGCCGUGAUGAUCCUGGCACCUCCACAUGGCCGUGCUGAUCCUGGCACCUCCACAUGGAGGUGCUGAUCCUGGCACCUCCACAUGGCUGUGCUGAUCCUGGCACCUCCACAUGGCCGUGCUGAUCCUGGCACCUCCACAUGGCCGUGCUGAUCCUGGCACCUCCACAUGGAGGUGCUGAUCCUGGUACCUCUUCAUCAAGAGUCUUGUCUUCUGCACAUGCUCCAUGUGGUUGAUUCAUUCCUGUACGAGUCAGCAGUGUUGGCAGUGUCGACCACACCCAGGCUGCUUGUAGACAGGCAACCAUCAUAUCACGAACCUGAAUCACCUCUGUAUACCCCUAGUUCCCCUGUAUAGCUUGGUCCUCAACUGUUCUCAUAUGUACAUUGUUUCAGAACAGCUUUUUGAGGUUUGUAAUCUUUUCAAUGAAUUGGUCUAAUAUUUUCUUUUCUGAGAGAAAUGUGUUCAGAUAUCAGCCAAUACUCACCGCACAAGACUUUGUGUUGCACUCACCCAUAUUGUUUAGAUUUGUUUUUGUGGCAUUUUACACCAUAGUGCUCAGUUUGAACUAUUUUAGAAAAAAAUAUAAUUUUGCAUAUACAAUUCACCUUUGCAUAUCACAUUUACUGUGUACAUUAACUGUGUCAGAUGUUGACCUUGUAUAUAGCACAAACUGACACACAUUUGUACAAGAGUGUCACAAAGGAUGUUAGCUGUCUGGGCACGCAGUGGUCAAUGACAGCAUGUAUACCCGUGUAUACCCAUGUACAUACGACACAUGCUAUACCAGCUUAUAGCACCUAGUGUUGCAGCAUGGGCUAUUGUAUCUAUACUUUACAUUUAACUGAAAAUCAAAGCACUUUUGGAUUGUAUGAUUUGUAGAAUAAGACCUCUGUUGGUGAUGUUAAAGAGGUUUGUGUUUAUCAACAUGUGUUUCCAAUGUUUGUCUUUGGUUUGUCAUGAAUAAGGUGUAUGCCGGCACGAGACAGCUCCCCCUAGCUUACACCGGGAGGAGAGUUUGUACACCAGUAUUAGCAUCUGAUACUUUACAUUAUUAAGCAAACUUACUUGUGUCAUUUAUAAAUAAUUUGAAACUUUGACCAUCUUCGACAUGAUAUAUUAACACUUUAAGUGUCGGAACACGAACGAUCAAUAUUUCAUGGAUUUGACAUAUUGAUAACUCUUCUGAUCAAACUCAUGACAUCCACAUGUCCACUGGGGUAGCGGACGACAGCACAUGGAUAAAUAUCUAUUUUCUGUAUGAAGAAUUGAGAAAAAAUAUGUGAAUAAAAUUUAUUUUUUGUCAAA